GGACAAGACAUCGUCCAGCUUUGUGCCUAUGCCAAGGACGCCACCAUUUGGUAUGACUACUGCCUCCUCCGCUACUCUAAUGAGAACAUCCUUACCUCUGUUGAGAACUCUAAUGUAUUUUAUAUGUGGAACGUUAAUAACGUGACGGAGCCUAAUAAGUUUAACAAGCUUGUCAGUGAGUUGGUUAGCAUGACAUCUCAGUAUGCAGCGUUUAACUCAACCCGGAGAUUUGCCACCGGUGAGGCUAAUUUCACUGCAGCUGACCCCAAGAUUUAUGGGUUGGCACAGUGCACCAGAGAUUUGUGUGGCGACGAGUGCUAUCAAUGCUUGAAAAGUAUGUUCAGUGUGAUGCCAAAUUUUGCAGGGAAGAGAGGAGGUAGAGUUAUUGGAGAUAGAUGUUAUUUUAGGUAUGAGUUGUAUUCAUUUUAUGAAGGCAAGUCUUCCCUGCAACUCCCUUCUUCUUCUUCUUCUUCUUCUUCUUCUUCUUCUUCUUCUUCUCCUCCUCCUUUUCAGUCUAAUGGUACCGAAACACCAGGGACUGCUAUUCCACCAUCAGUUCCCUCAGUGGCAGGAGGAUCUAAGAAUGUCAAUGUUAAGAUUCUAGUAAUUGUCAUUCCUCUGGGGAAUGCUUUCUUGCUAAUUUGCACUUUCAGCGUAUGGUUCUGGAGGAGGAAGAGGAGGAGGAGUUUGGCCAGAAAAAUUCCUGAUUUUAGCAACCCAGAGGACAUCACAAGUGUUGACUCCAUACUAUUUCAUUUAUCAACUCUUAAAUCUGCAACAUCAAACUUCUCUGAAGAGAAUAAACUUGGACAAGGUGGCUUUGGUUCAGUUUUCAAGGGAACAUUACCUGAUGGAAGAGAAAUAGCUGUUAAAAGGCUUUUAUCAGGUUCAGGUCAAGGGCUAAAGGAGCUCAAAAAUGAACUAGUGUUGGUUGCAAAGCUUGAACACAGAAACCUUGUAAGGCUUUUGGGUGUUUGCUUGGAAGCACAAGAGAUGAUGCUUGUCUAUGAAUAUGUUCCUAACAGAAGCCUUGACACCAUUUUGUUUGAUUCUGCCAAAAGCGAGCAACUAGAUUGGGGUCGACGAUACAAUAUCAUAAGUGGAAUCGCUGGAGGUCUAUUAUACCUGCAUGAAGAUUCUCAAAUAAAGAUUAUACACCGGGAUCUAAAAGCAAGCAAUAUAUUGUUGGAUGAGGAGAUGAAUCCUAAGAUUUCCGACUUUGGUUUGGCUAGGCUUUUUGGAGGUGAUCAAAGUGGUGCAACCACAAGCCUUGUAGUUGGAACAUUUGGAUACAUGGCACCAGAGUAUGUGAUGUGUGGUCAGUAUUCAGCAAAGUCAGAUAUAUUCAGUUAUGGUGUUUUGGUUCUGGAAAUUCUGACAGGACGAAAGAACACUAGUUUUCGUGAUAGUGAACAAGCUGAAAACCUGAUAAGCUAUACAUGGGAGCAUUGGAUCAGAGGAACAAUUUCAGAGAUACUAGACCCCUGUUUGGGUGAUCAAUGGUCAAGAAGUGAGGCUUUGAGAUGUAUUCAGAUUGGUUUAUUAUGUGUACAAGAAGAUCCAGCAAACAGACCCACCAUGUCAAUGGUGGUUCUCAUACUCUACAGCUACUCUGAGUCCCUUCAAUCUCCUUCAAGGCCAGCUUAUUGUGCAAGAUUGAGUGGUGGCAUGGAUUCAGAUGCAUUCCGGAAAGGAUAUAAUUUGUCCACUGUUCAAGGAUCCAUCCCAGAGAUUCCAUGUGAAGAUUCAGUAUCAGAAAUGGAACCCAGAUAGAUGCUGCUGCCACCUAAUUCAGAACAGAGUUUCUUAGUAUCAGAAAUCCUGAUGCUUUCCAAUUGUUGUCAAGCCAGCAUAACAUGGAUUAUUUACUUGUAUAUUGUCUCUGUUCUUCAGAACUGUUUUGAGAGACCCAUACCUUGUGCUGGUUGUUUCAAUUAGUUGACAUUCUUGCUUGAUUACUUAAGUUAAUUAUUCUAUGAUCUAUGGUCAUAAUUGAGACAA